UUGCUAAAUCGCUCCCAAAUUAAGACGCACAACAACUGUUUUCAUUAUUGCCACGGUGUCCGGUAUGAACGGUUCACGGAACAAACCGGCGCCGACAGUCAGCAAAGGUCAGACGGACUCGGACACCGGCUCGGAGGCGAACCACAGGGACCGAAAGACUGGAGGAGGAAUGCUGAAGAAGCUGAAGUCGAGGCGCAGUCAGACGGAUAAGUGGCCUGUGGUCACAGAGGAUGAACUCCGGGCUCUGGGAAAGGAUAUUUCCCCGGACCAUGUCCUGGGUCUCCGGGCUGUCACGGAGGACUAUCUUUGCAAACCCGAGGACAAUAUCUACAACAUCGACUUUACACGGUUCAAAAUCAGAGAUCUGGAGACGGGAACAGUGCUGUUUGAGAUCGCCAAACCUCCAAACAGCGGUCCUGUGGAGGGUGAGGACGACAGUGGAGAUGUAGACACCAGUGCAGGUCGCUUUGUGCGAUAUCAGUUUACACCAGCCUUCCUAAAACUGUGUACUGUCGGUGCAACUGUGGAGUUCACAGUGGGCGACCGGCCCAUUAACAGCUUUCGUAUGAUUGAGAGGCAUUACUUCCAGGGACGCCUCCUCAAGAACUUUGACUUUGACUUUGGUUUCUGCAUUCCCAACAGCCGCAACACAUGUGAACACAUUUAUGAGUUUCCACAGCUUCCAGACGACCUCAUUCGCCAAAUGGUGGCACACCCUUACGAGACCAGAUCGGACAGUUUCUACUUUGUGGACAACAAGCUCAUCAUGCACAACAAGGCAGACUAUGCCUACAAUGGUGGUCUGUGAUACCUGAAGGGAAGAAUGUGCAAUACUUCCUAGAGGAUUGAUUUCCUGGGUUACAACCAUCCAAAAGCUUCUCUCUGGGGGGCAGAAGUAUUCCUGCGACUGUUACGACGUUCUUCAGAAUCAGCGAACCACAUCUGCCUUCACAUCAGGACCUCAUGGAGCUCAGUUUCUGGGACUCUGAAUGAUGUUUUGUUACAUAAUUCUGUUAAAUCUGACUGAAACCUUUUUGUUCUGAUGUUCAGUUAGUAGAACAACCAUCAUGUUACUUCUCAAACACUUGAGGGUUACCAUGGCAACAACAGAAGCUUCGAAGCAUCCAGGUCAGCCUUCCUCUUAUGCCUUAAGUUUCUUGCCGUCUCUGCUGGAAAGGGACACUUGGAGUCACAGGCCUCUCAUGGCAGAGCCUGUAGACUGUUAGUUAGGACUUCAUUUAGUUCAGUAUAUAGAUGUUAUCAGAUGUUUGUUUGAAAUACCUUCUGCAGUUGACAAUUGUGUUUCCCAUAUGGAGAAGCGAGCAUUAACUAGAUGUUUUACAGUAUUGUUAUUCAUAGAGGACCGUGUAGCACUAGUUGACAUUGUUUGCUAUCAGCCGUGAGUCUCUGGGGCUUUUUGUGUCACAUAUUUAAGCUUCAUGUCGACAUUAGGUUGACUCCUCUAGUCUUUAAUUGAAGAACAGCAUAAGCUCUAAUAUUUGCUACGAUUUUAUGACAAGAAGUUUUACAACAUCAGUGGCUGUCGACUGGGAAUCGACUGUUCUAUCAAACUGUGUGACCUCUGCACUCUGGGACACGUGAAAAAGACAAGACAGCAGCAGAAUCGGAGUUAUCUGAGUCCAUCUCUAAAACGGCUUGUCCUCCAGUGUCCAAUCACAUUUAGCCCUUUGAGAUCUUUCUGGUUUAUUUGGCAUGACAGCACUGUGAAUCAGGCUCUUUGGCCAGCGGUGUGGCACACUUAUUAAACUGGUGUAUCUUCUGCUGCUCAGGUUCUAAAUCUGCCAAUGAAACAAGUAGCACGCAUGACAGUACUGAGUGAUGUAGCUUAUGUAGCUGAUGUAGUUUAGUGAGGCAGUGGGGUAGACAGAAGUGGACCCUUUUCUUCCUCUGUUCAUGGAAACCAGAUUUAACGACUAUGCCGGUGGUUUUAGCCCAUUUACUACAAACUGAGUAAUGGUUUCAUUAGCCACAAGCUCCCAGUCUGUUAGAUACACAUGCACCGCCUCAUGUAAUUCUGCACAACAGCCCUGCAGUAAAUCCGACUCGAGUACAGUUUGUAAUGCUCAUCUUUGUUGACACGUUAUCACGGAGGUGUUGAUUUGAUCACAUGGUCACUUAAAGAAAAGGUGGGAUGUCCUUAAUUCAUCCAACACUUUGAUUUUCACCUUGUACAGAAAUGAAUUAAAAUCAGCAUCAAGUUGGGUUGAAAGUUAAAUCAAGUAAAACCACCGGAAUCGUCUGGAAGCUGUUCUCAGUGCAGAAAUGAUCUGGGCCUCCUUUUUCUGGACCUUGUAACGUGGAUCCCGUGUGCCUUAUAUCAACUUUUCAUUGUUAGAGAACCUCGUGCUUCGUCACCUGUAAGAGAAACACUGCUGUUCACCUGCACACAUGAAGCUCGCUGUUACAUACGACUUCAUCCUGCAGCGCUGCAUGUGUGAAACAGUGUUUCAUAGCAAGUGUUGAGUCAUCUCAUAGACUUCUUAUUUACCCUUAUACAAUAUGUCAUUUUACAGUUUGAGGCAUCAGUGACAGUUCCUCAUGUAGCCUGUUAAUAACCUCAACAGGUGUGAUGUCAGGGGCACACCUGGACAGCUGUAGCCUUUGCUCCACGACUCCAUACAACCCCAUUUUUUUGUCAGAUGGACUUAAAUACUGGUGAUCUAAAUGCCUUGAAAAGUGGUUUCACUUGUACGUCUGCACAAACUGAUCCAGAGAAUGAGAGUGGAUCCAUUCUGUGUUCUGCCCUAUCGACUCCUCUUUUCACAUUGGCUGAUUUUACAAACGACACCUUCACGUCCCAUCAGAUUUAUUGUAAAUAAAAGUGUUUGACUGCCAAACGUUCACACUGAACAUCCGGUGCUCGUUACAUUAGAUCAUCAGGGAUGCGUGGGGGCUCUUCUACCUGCAGCUGGCAUCACAUGUUAACUGAACGGUAAACACAGCAGGUGAUCUAGUGAUGAAGGUCUGACAUUUUAAACCCACACAAUGUUCGACAGGUGUUGCAAACUGAAUACUUUGAUAUGACAUGAAGAUGGUUUGCUUUUUAAAUUGAAUCUGCUCCCCACUGCUCUGUUGUGUUGGAAAUAUAAAUAGGUAAAUCUAAAUUGAUGACAUUGUUUUGACUUUUUAUGGAACGGCAUCGUUUUUGCACAGUUUUUCAGGAUCUCUUGACUUCCUCUGUUAGUACAGUGAAGAUUUUACCAGAACUACCUACACUUCUGUUGUCUUGACCGGUUUGCUUUGUUUCUCAAAGCUGUAUGAAGAAAAUGACGAAUAAAAGCACAUAUCUA